AACACUAACCAAAGAAUGAGGAACUGAUAGAAGUUUCAGGGUGACGCUACAGAGUACUUCUGGGAAACUAAAAGGGAUCUUUUGUUCCAAUAAAUUCUGCAUUAAUCUGCAUUCUUAAGCAUUGAAUGUAUACUACAAAUGUAAUGAUCGAGUCUCCAGCUGAUCAGAGAGACAGAGAGACAGAGAGACACGUUUUAUCAGUCAACACCAGAGGAACCAGGAAGAGUUUCACCAUCCUGCUGCUGCUGCUGUUACAGUCUGAUCGAUCAGUUAAAGGAAUCAGAUAGGGAAGAGGAUCGAUCACAUGAUGACUGACCGACAGAGGAUCCUCAGGUCUACAGUUCUCACCUGGUUUUAGUUCUACUGGGUCUCUGCUGCAGGUCUGACUGAGACAGACCGACAUGGAUCCACCGGACUGGAUGGCAUCUCUACCGGAGGAGCUGUGGGACAUUCCUCUGAGCAACCUGGCCAUACCUGGGAGCCAUGAUGCCAUGAGCUACUGUCUGGACAUUAACUCUCCGCUGGUCCCGUCUGAAUCUGAUGCUUUCAGGCUGCUGGACAGACUCUUCUACUGUCUCACCCGACCGGCCAUCUUUAGAUGGGCUACAACACAGGACAAAAGCAUCGAGGAGCAACUCUCGAUGGGGAUUCGAUUCUUCGAUCUCCGCAUCGCACACAAACCCAGCGACCCGUCCAGCGACCUGUACUUCACCCACGUCAUCUACACACAUUUAACAGUUCUGGAAACGUUGUCGUCUGUCGCCGCCUGGCUGGAGUCUCACCCGAAGGAGAUCGUUAUUCUUGCUUGCAGCCAUUUUGAGGGAAUCGACGACAGACUUCAUCAGAUGUUCAUUUUCUCCCUGAAGAAGCUGUUCGGCUCAAAACUCUGCCCCCAGAAGGGAUCGGUCCCGACCCUGCGGAGCCUCUGGGCGUCGGGUCACCAGGUCAUCCUGUCCUACGACUCCCAGUGUGCAGCGAGACAUCAGGAGCUGUGGCCCGCCAUCCCGUACUGGUGGGCCAACCAGCGCACAGCGCAGGGAGUCAUCAGCUACCUGGACUGGAACAAAGACCUGGGACGUCCAGAGGGCUUCUUCGUCUCCGGCCUGAACCUGACAGCCGACCGCUAUUACGUCACCGAGAACCCGAAGCAGUCCCUGAGGACGCUGACCUUCAGUAACUGGGAGUCUCUGAGGAGCUGGGUGGAGGAGCAGGUUCCCGGGUCGGACCCCGACAGCCUCAACAUCAUCGCAGGAGACUUCGUGGGUCCACUUCCUCUCUGCUCUCUGGUCAUCGCACUGAACCAAAAACUCAUACGGAAGAAUAACUUCAGAUAAAAACAAACAGGGAACUGAUCCCAAAUGAUCUACUACUGCAUACUGCAUACCCACGUGCACAAGAACCAGAACCAGAACCAGCACCAGAACCAGAACCAGAACCAGAACCAGGGCAUUUAUCUGCACUUUGUCUACAUGAAGAGUUUUAACUGAAGGAAAUGUUUAGGAUGAAAUCUCUAUUUUUGAAUCUGAGUUUCUAUAUUUUUUACAUUCAGGGUGUUUUUCUGUGUGUUGUGAAUCUACCGCUGUAAUGUGUAAUAUGUUUACAAGAACGCACGUCUUCCUUUUACAAAAUGAUAUCGUCAAAUAUUUUAAUAUACAAUACAAUACAUAAACAGUCUUUUUUAUAGAUGUUGGAGGCACAGUUUGCACUCCAUACGGAGCAGUAAGAGAUGUUCUGAUACCGUUUUUUCCAUCCCGAUACCUGAACUAGUGUGUCGGUCGAUACGGUUACUGAUCUGACUCUGUCUCUGUUUUACUGGCGGGAUUUCCCAGAUUUCCAAAUUGCUGACAUUCUGCUAGCUAACGUUACUCUCUCUCCGCUAGCAGCUGACUGAUCGGUGCUGAGCAGGGCCGUCGUGGUGAAGGAGUUUCCUCUGUGGUAACAAUGAUUAUCUCUACAGUGUGAUAUGCAACAUUAUUGCCUUUUUUUAUAUUUUUUUUGUUGAAAGUUACUUCAUUUCUCCUGAUCUUAAUGCUGUAUAAAUAAACGUAUUAUUCGGUAUGUUGUUGCUUUUUAAAGGUCCCAUCUCAUUUGUGGGUUCAUACUUGUAUUUUGUGUUUCAACUAGAACAUGUUUACAUG